AUGGUGAUCUGUACUUAUAACACACGUACGCUUGCAUCUGGAGCGGCCAUCAAAGAUCUGAUGAUGCAAGCCGGGAAGAUUAAGUACGACGCCAUCGGAGUGACCGAGACGAGACGACGCUACCCUCUCAACGCCUUAUAUGAAUCCGGAGAGGAACAAUUCUUAGGAACGAGCAACGCUAGACGAGUUGACAUCAAACUCACCGAAGUAUCGCAAGAGUACAAAAUGCCGCUCUGUCUCACCUUCAUCAACUUGAAGGCCUUCGACUCAGUUGAGAGGGAAGCGAUCAUGGAAGCCUUGGAUAACCGUCUCUAUUCAUCAAGGCAUCCCUAUUCAGCACGUAAAGGUACUACGACGAUGUACACUAACUUAGUGACCGGAAUUUCGCCAUUUUACAAGAAUAUCAUCAUCGACGUGAAGAGAGGGGUCCGACAAGGUGGAACAAUUUCACCUUAA